CGCUGCCUCCGCCCGCCAGAACCUCCCGAGAGAAGUUUGCAACUACUACUAGUUGAAGCGGAGAGCGCGAGCGCCGGACUGAAAGCGUUUUGCGCGCACUCGGCCAAGGUCAUGCUGAGUCCCAGUACUUUGGAUUACCCGAUGGAUUUUACGAUGGACGUGCACCCCCGGGAAGUGUUGAAGAAGGACAGGCAGCUCAGCCUGAUCCAGGACGACAGACACGACAGCGGCUUAGGCUCCAUGAAAGACGACGACUACGAAAACCUCGUCCGGGAAUUGGAAGAUAUUCGACUCCAGCCUGUGGAAGCCGACCCGGGGGCCUUAGCCCAGGCGUGGAAGCAGCAAGUGACUGAAGAUGGAGACACAUUUCUCCAUCUGGCUAUUAUUCAUGAAGAAAAAUCCUUAAGUUUGGAAAUCAUUCACCAAGCAGGACGGGAUGCGGCUUUCUUGAAUUUCCAGAACAAUCUCAACCAGACUCCACUCCAUUUGGCGGCAAUCACAGAUCAGCCUGAAAUUGCGGAGUCUCUUCUGAAAGCAGGCUGUGAUGCAGAAAUCAGAGAUUUCCGAGGAAACACACCGUUGCACAUUGCUUGUGAACAAGGGUCCCUCAGAGGAGUUAAUGUUCUUAUACAGUAUUGCCAGAAGCCCCAGCUCCAUUCUCUCCUACAGUCAGCGAACUACAGCGGUCACACGUGUCUCCACCUGGCUUCUAUUCAAGGAUACCUGGCCAUUGUAGAAUGUCUUCUGUCCUUGGGAGCAGAUGUCAAUGCUCAGGAGCCAUGCAAUGGUAGAACUGCUUUGCAUUUGGCUGUAGAUUUGCAGAACGAAGGAUUGGUCUCCCUUUUGUUGAAGCAUGGAGCAGAUGUGAAUAAAGUAACCUACCAGGGCUAUUCUCCAUACCAGCUCACAUGGGGAAGAAAUAACUCCUUCAUACAGGAACAGUUGAGACAAUUUACGACACUGGAUUUGCAGAUGCUACCAGAAAGUGACGAUGAAGAAAGCUGUGAAUCAGAAUUGGAAUAUACGGAAGAUGAACUUCUCUAUGAUGACUGCAUUAUUGGCGGGCGGCACGUGUCUUGUUAGAGGAGGAGGAUUGUUAAAAGACUGCAAGUACAACUGUAUGAACAGUUACAGAACUACAGUAGUCACCUCAAAAACAUGGUGAAAACAGCAAGAUGCCAAAAGUGGUCGAGUUCAGAUAUCCUUGUGCGACAUUGGUGUAGUAGAUAUCAGCAUGGUCUCAGAAGAAUUGAGAACUGCAGUGAACUACCUCUGUGUUCACUCUACACAGUACAACAGGACUGGCUAGAUCCAUCAUCUCUUGUGACUUUUUGGAAGACAUUCCAUAUAUUUCUGCUUGACUGAUAACCUGUUCCAAGGACUGAGAGUAGGAACUCUUCGUUAUGAAUAGAAGAAUUUUGGCAAUCCUCAGAUUGAUUGGUUGAUCAUUUAGUAAAAGAAUAGGAACGAUGUACAACAGGGGUGUCAAACUCAAGGCCCACGGGGUGCUUAAUUCUGGCCCAUGUGGCUUGCUUGGAAAUAGCAAAAGAGCGGCCCAUGGUGCCUCUGGCAGCCAAAAUGAGGCACAGGGGCCCUCCCGUGUCCCGUUUUGGCUGGCAAAGUGUUGCAGGACGCCGUCCAGGCUGAAAAUGGGUUGCAGGGGGAUCCAGCCCUUGAAGAAAUCCAAUUUGAUAUCCUUGACAUGCAGGCUGUCUAUUGCAAGCCCUAUACUUUGUAAUAUGUAUAUCAUGUAUACUUUGUAAAUUUUGUGAAUAGUUUUCUUACUUGUGAGAUGCAUAUUUAUUAAAAAAA